AGAAACAAAAAUAUUAAAAACUUAUAAUCAAAAACAAAGAAACCUUAACAAGUGAAGUGUGUGCUGGGAAGUUCAUCGAAAAACUUCAAAUAAAUCUUAGAUAAAUCCCCACCAUGAGUCUGCCGUCGGGUGUGGACAUGCAGAAUCUGAUGUCGCAGCAUCCGGUUUUGGGUGCCCUGCCACCUGCUUUCUUCCUACGAGCCGCCUCCGAACGCUAUCAACGGACGCCCAAGUGCGCCCGCUGCAGGAACCAUGGCGUGGUCAGCGCCUUGAAGGGCCACAAACGCUAUUGCCGCUGGCGGGAUUGUGUCUGCGCCAAAUGCACGCUAAUUGCGGAACGCCAAAGGGUUAUGGCUGCUCAGGUGGCACUCCGUCGCCAGCAGGCCCAGGAAGAGAACGAGGCCCGCGAACUGGGCCUCCUAUACACCUCCGUUCCUGGCCAACAAAAUGGCAGUGACAGUGCCACGCCCACACCGCACAGCCCUAAUCACAGCGGUGGCAGCGGUGGUUCCGCCAGCGGAGGAUCCGGCCAGAAUGGCGUCUUUCACGGCGGCAUUCCCUCGCCACCGAGCGACGGCUUCGAGCCCAGCUCCACUCCCAAUCAUCACCAGCAGUCGCAGCAGCAACAGUCGCACCACCAGCAGCAGCACAGCCACCAGCACCCGACAUCCCAGCGAUUCAAUGGCAACGAAUCCGACACGGAUCUGCGCACCCGUUCCGAGCACCUCAGCGUGGGCUUCUCGCCCACGAGAACCGAGUUGGACGAGAGUCCCGUUUCCAAGCGUGGCGCCGCCUUGUCCAACGAAACCGACCAGGACACGGGCUCCGAGUCCGGGUCACCGAGCAGUCCGCGGCCCAAGGUCGCGGGCCUCUUCAAUCUGACCGCCAGCUUGUCGCCCGCCCGCACAGGACCGCCCAGCUCGCCGGAAUCCGAUUUGGAUGUAGAUUCGGCGCCCGAUGAGGCCACCCCCGAGAAUCUGAGUCUCAAAAAGGAGGACAGCCAAUCGCCACCGAAUACGCCCGCCGAGAAUCUGCAUUUGCUGCGAUCCUUUGGCAGCAGUCAUGCCCAGGGUUUCCUGCCAUAUCAUCACACGCAGUUCCUGGCUGCCGCCGGUUUGCCCGCCCACCACCACCCACCGGCGCACUCGCCGCACCACCAGCAGCAGCAGCAGAACCACCUACCACAGCACCACCAACAACAGCAACAGCAGCAGCAACAACAACAGCAGCAGCAACAGCAGAGAUCUCCCAUCGAUGUCCUCAUGAGGGUUUUUCCCAACCGCCGGCGCAGCGAUGUGGAGCAACUGAUGCAGCGAUUCCGCGGCGAUGUCCUUCAGGCCAUGGAGUGCAUGUUGGCUGGCGAGGAUUUGGGCCAGACACCGCCGCCGCCACAGGUGCCGCCCUCGCCGCCCUUUCCCAUGAAGUCGGCCUUCUCGCCGCUGGUACCGCCUUCCGUGUUUGGAUCGCCCACCCAUCGCUAUCAUCCCUUCAUGCAGGCGCAUGCCAAGCGGUUCCUCACGGCUCCCUAUGCUGGAACCGGAUAUCUGCCGGGAGUCCUGAGUGCGGCGGACAUAGAGCAGUCGGAGUCGAAUGGAGCGGGGGGCAUAGGCUUGGAUCGCACCAGCAACGCCGGGGAUUCCCAGGAUUGAGGCAGCGAGGUGGCCGUUUUCAGGCCUUUCGAGUAGAGCGCGAAAAUGAUCGAUAUUUUCGA